CGGUUCCACGGCCGACCGUGAGAAGAAAUCAAAGGACAGGAACCCGAUCGAACUAACCAGAGAAAAGGAACGGGACGAAGAAGAAGAAGAAGAAACAGGACGAAUACGAACGGAAGUCGGAAGAAAUCCGUACAGAGUAGCGCAGUAAGCAAUCGAAUAUGGCGGAGUCCGUCGACGUGAACGCGAAAUGGGACGCCUGUAUCGAUCUGACCGUUCGCCGCUUCGUUUACUCGUCCAUGGCUGGUGCCUUCGGCGGUCUCCUCUUUUUCAGGACACCGGUGACUCGCUGGGCUGCUGUAGCAUUUGGUGCAGGAGUGGGCGCUGGAGCCGCAUACACUGAGUGCUCUCGUAUUUUUGAAUGGUCUCCUGCAACAUCACCACCAGCUCAUAAAGUGGUGAGUGCUCCAGCAGCUCCCAAGGUGGACGUUCCUCCGACUCCAACUGCGCAGGAUCCACAGGACUGAAACCUUGACUGAGUGACAGAGAGAGACUUAUGGAUAUAAUACAAUGAUGAUGAUCAUCGGAAGACCCUGAUGUGGGAUUUUUUUUUUUUUACUUUUGUGGAAAUUUUAAGGAUUAAGAACGUUGUUACUCCAGCUGCUUGUGCUGCUGCUCAGUACCAAAUGUUGCUCCGUUCCUCUUGGUUGAUCACUGUAACAAUUUAGCCUGACAUUUUUACUGCAGAGUUUUGUAAUUGGCCUUUGACAGUAAAGUCCUCUUUUUGUCCCGUGGAUUCGAUUCGGGCACCAUGGAAGUUCCAUUUCUUGCAUGGUUGAUAUCUAACAAUAUCUUUCUGCCAAUAAAAACAAUGGAUAG